AUGCUGAGCGUCGCGGAGCCAAUGUCGGCAAAAUUACUUGUGGCCAAGCAGACUUGCCAGGUGUUAUACUCGGAACUACAAAAAUCUAAUUUGGCUAUCCAGGAUACCACGUUGAAACAAGCCAGCGCAAACUUGCCCCAAAUACCCCCGAAACGUUAUCUCCGGCAAUACAACACACUCAAGGGCCAUCAAGACAAGAUUGCCCAGAUCAAAUGGAGUUCGGACUCAGUCAAACUAGUCUCCGCAUGUCAAGAUGGCUUCAUGAUUAUAUGGGACUCUGUUUCAGGGCUCAAACUACAAGCCAUUCCGUUGGACAGCCCAUGGGUGCUUCUGUGUGCCUUUGCACCCUCGGGCAGAUUCGUGGCACUGGCCGGUCUUGAUAAUCGGUGCACAAUCUACAAGGUUGAAGACCCUAAUGAUCCCCAAUUGCGCACGAGAACAAACACAAUGGAACUCAGAGAUCAAGGGCGCAAAAUCCCAAGGGCACAUGCAGCAUAUGUGUCUGCGUGUGAGUUCAUAAAUGAUGAACAAAUCCUCACUGCCUCUGGCGACAUGACCAUUGCAUUAUGGGACAUGGAAAAACACACCAAGGCGAGAGAUUUCUUAGAUCACUGCGGUGACGUGCUCCUGCUACUGAUAUCCCCCAAAGAGCGAAUGCUGCCUCAAACGUUUCUUUCUGCUGGCGCCGAUGGUGCGGUGAAACUCUGGGAUUUGAGGACUAAAGCACCGCAAACGUCGUGCCAGAUGUCACGCGUAGAUGUGAACUGCAUCUCGCUACUUCCGAACGGAAAUUCGUUCAUAUCUGGAGAUGAUGAGGGGGUCUGUAAAAUCUAUGAUUUCCGGUCGCUGUGCGAGUUGGAGCAGUACAAUUUACGAGAACAGUUUGAGGCCCCUCGAAUGCUGGGGGAGGGACCGGGACUGCCCACCAGUACACGCAGUAUGUGGUCGCAGUUUGAUGCACCGGGAGUGGUUUCAUUGGACUUGAGCAAAUCAGGCCGGAUCUUGUAUGCUUGCUACGCGGACUAUGGGUGUCUAGCAUGGGAUGUCUUACGGAAAGAGAUCGUAGAGCUGAUUGGCGUAGGAAAUGGAAGCCACAAGAGCCGGAUCUCUCAGGUUGCAAUCAGCCCUGAUGGCCAGGGUCUCGCCACAGCAUCGUGGGACUCCACGAUUAAGAUUUGGUCAACCUAA